UGCAAGGGUGGGGCAACUGUUCCUGCACCUGAACGAGACAGACUGGAACAACCUCUGUGAUUAACAAGAAAUCACCUGACUGUCUAGAAAGGGUAAGCCUUCAAGCUAAGGGUGACCUGUCACUUCAUGAAGUACAACUAGUACCCACAUCGCUAUAAAACAUCAGCUGUAGCUCCACUUGUAGACAUACAACUCCAGAUACCCAACUCAGCAAGCAGGGCACCCCUCAAGGGAGUAACAUCUGGCAUCUCAUGGGAAGUCGAUGUUGCAGAGAUGUUAAACACCUUGACAAGAAAGGCCCAGUAGAGGAGGUAUUAGGUGAACACCUUGACAAGAAAGGCCCAGCAGAGGAGGUAUUAGGUGAACACCUUGACAAGAAAGGCCCAGCAGAGGAGGUAUUAGGUGAACACCUUGACAAGAAAGGCCCAGCAGAGGAGGUAUUAGGUGAACACCUUGACAAGAAAGGCCCAGCAGAGGAGGUAUUAGGUGAAUACCUUGACAAGAAAGGCCCAGCAGAGGAGGUAUUAGGUGAACACCUUGACAAGAAAUGCCCAGCAGAGGAAGUAUUACGUGAAAACAUUGACAAGGAUAAGGAGGCAGAGAUGAACUGUGAAGAGGAAAAGCCACUGAAACAAGUCAGAGAUGAGUCGAAACCAGAGGAGGGAUUCUCAGGAAGAAACAGGGAAACAUCCCAAGUACUUCCUGCUCCAGACCAGCUGAAUGUUGAUUCCGUGGAGACCACAUCAGCUGCUGUUAGCUGGAGCCAGCCACCAGGAUUGAACCAAACCAAACAUCAUUACCAGAUCUCCUACCGCUGUCCAGGGACAGAACGACACAUCACUACCACGUCUUCACACAGCAUCACUCUCUCUGGCCUGAAACCUGGUACUGAAUACUCAGUCACUGUCUGCACUGUGCUGGAAAAUGGAAAGCAAAGUCAACUGGUGUUAACAACAUUCACCACAGUACCCUCUGUUCCAGACCAGAUGACUGUUGACUCAGUGGACUCCACAUCAGCUGCUGUUAGCUGGAGCCAGCCACCAGGAUUGGACCAAACCCAACAUCAUUACCAGAUCUCCUACCACUGUCCAGGGACAGAACCACACAUCACUACCACGUCUUCACAAGGCAUCACUCUCUCUGACCUGCAAUGUGGUACUCAGUACUCUGUCACUGUCUGCACUGUGCUGAAGAAUGGAAAGAAAAGUAAACUGGUGUCAACAACCCUCACCACAGUACUUCCUGCUCCAGACCAGCUGACUGUUGACUCAGUGGACACCACAUCAGCUGCUGUUAGCUGGAGCCAGCCACCAGGAUUGGACCAAACCCAACAUCAUUACCAGAUCUCCUACCACUGUCCAGGGACAGAACCACACAUCACUACCACAUCUUCACACAGCAACACUCUCUCUGACCUGCAAGGUGGUACUCAGUACUCUGUCACUGUCUGCACUGUGCUGGAAAAUGGAAAGAAAAGUCAACUGGUGUCAACAACCCUCACCACAAUACUUCCUGCUCCAGACCAGCUGACUGUUGACUCAGUGGACUCCACAUCAGCUGCUGUUAGCUGGAGCCAGCCACCAGGAUUGGACCAAACCCAACAUCAUUACCAGAUCUCCUACCACUGUCCAGGGACAGAACCUCACAUCACUACAACAUCUUCACACAGCAUCACUCUGUCUGACCUGCAAUGUGGUACUCAGUACUCUGUUACUGUCUGCACUGUGCUGGAAAAUGGAAAGCAAAGUAAACUGGUGUCAACAACCCUCACCACAACUUGUUAUUCAGUACAUUUUCAGUGGUGGAAGAGACCCUCCAGUGUUGCUGUAGUGUGUGUUCUACUGGCUGUCAUCAUAGGCCUGUGGGAUUCCUAUGCAGAAAGAGACCGGUUGCAGAAUAGUCUAAAUACCAGGACCACUGAGAAAGACCAGUUGCAGAAUAGUCUAAAUACCUGGACUAAAGAGAGAGACCAGCCACUGAAUAGUCUAAAUUUCAGGACCACUGAGAGAGACCAGUUACAGAAUAGUGUAAAUACCAGGACCACUGAGAGAGACCAGUUACAGAAUAGUCUAAAUACCUGGACCACUGAGAGAGACCAGCUACAGAAUAGUCUAAAUACCUGGACCACUGAAAGAAACCAGUUGCAGAAUAGUCUAAAUACCAGGACCACUGAGAGAGACCAGCUACAGAAUAGUCUAAAUACCAGGACCACUGAGAGAGACCAGCUGCAGAAUAGUCUAAAUACCAGGACUACAGAGAGAGACCAGCUACAGAAUAGUCUAAAUACCAGGACCACUGAGAGAGACCAGUUGCAGAAUAGUCUAAAUACCAGGACCACUGAGAGAGACCAGUUACAGAACAGUCUAAAUACCAGGACCACUGAGAGAGACCAGUUACAGAAUAGUCUAAAUACCUGGACUAAAGAGAGAGACAAGUUGAGGAAGAGUCUGAACACUACAACUAUGGAGCGUGACCAGCUACAGAAGGAGAUAGAUAGACUGAACUGUAAGAUCAACGGGUCCUGUCCUGAAGGAUGGAGAAGGUUUGGCUGCAGCUGUUACUACGUCUCUACUGAGGGGAAAUCCUGGGAGGAGAGUAGACAGGACUGUCUGGAGAGAGGAGCAGAUCUGGUGAUCAUUAACAGUGAAGAGGAACAGACAUUCAUCAAUGGGUUUGAAUCACUCAUUUUUUCCUGGAUUGGUCUGACUGACUCUGUUACUGAGGGUACCUGGAAAUGGGUGGACGGCACACUACUGACCACCCCAAGGUUCUGAGAGAGUGGUCAGUCUAACUCUGCGUUGGCUCUACUGCAGGUAUUGGGAUGAUGGACAGCCCAAUGGUGGUACAUACCAGAACUGUGGGGGAAUCAUUUACAAGUCGUCAGGCCAAGGAGCAUUGUGGGAUUUUGAGUGUAUCUAUUCAAAACAAUGGAUCUGUGAGAAAUAGGCUUCUCAUAGGUACUUUCUCUGCACUGCUGAUAAAUGAACUCUCUACUGUAUGUUAAUGAUGUUCUGAAGACUGGUGUGAUUUGAUAGAAUGGUACAAACACAUGCACACAUUCAGAAACACACACACACAAAGAUACUGAUCUGAACCUGAGUCUCCCAUGGGGGAAACCAACGUCUUACUUAGACGAGGUAUUUCCCUCUCGGACCGAGAUCUGACACUGAUUUUGAAGUCGCAGGUUGGACUACCUCAACACUUGACCAUGAGCAAUCAUGAACGACUCAUGUCUGCUACACAAGCUGACAAACAAUAAUUCAUAUGUCAAACAAUGAGGUGUAUAAUAGGGGUUUAAUAUCAUUCAAUAGCUGCUGUCAGUCAAUUACUGUUAAGUUUUACACUUUUAAAUACAUUUGAAAUGACUGUAUAUGUUUAUCAGGUAUGUUUUCUUCUUGUGCUUUUAUUAUUCUGAACAUAAACAAUGUGUACUUCCUGCUAAUUCAAUAAAUCAUUUAAUCUAGAUUAAA